GAAGGUUACCCAUCCUGACAUAACUGUCAAGUUUAAAAAUUUGUAAAUAAACGUUGAUGUUUUUUAAACUUUUUUACUAAAAAUGACCGAAUCAAUUGAUAUAGAAGUUAUUUUAAAUACCCAAAGCUCUAUAUCGCAAGAUAGUAUUAAAAUAGUUAUUCAGAAGUUUUUGGAGGACAGUAACGUUUAUCCAAACACUGUUGUGUCUGAAUUUAAUAAAAACGAAGACUAUUUCUCCUCACUAGUUAAGUGCCUCAUAAUUGGAAGUGUUUCGAACUCUAAGGAACCUAACACACGUAUAGACGUAAAAAAUGUUAAAAUAAAUUGGUUUAUCUACUGCCUGGAUCCUUACGGUACCGUUACAUCGUCUGAUACCGAUGAAGAAGGUGGGGAAAUUACUCUUGCAACAUAUCUAACACUACCUUCUUUGGAACUGUUUACCCAAUGGGAAAAUUUAUAUUACGAAGAUAACAUUAAGGAAAAUCUAUUAAAAUACGCUAACACGAUUAUGGAGUUCUCAAAUCGAGGCGUCAAUGCAAAUAUAGUGAGUUGCAAUAAAGUGAUAUUACUGCAUGGUCCCCCAGGAACAGGGAAAACAUCACUAUGCAAAGCACUAUCACAAAAACUAUCGGUUAGAAUGAGACACAAAUACACUUCUGGACUAUUAAUUGAAAUCAACAGUCACAGUCUGUUCUCAAAGUGGUUUUCAGAAAGCGGCAAAUUAGUGAACAAAAUGUUUACAAAAAUAAGGGAAGCUUGUGAGAACGAAAACUUGUUAGUGUGUGUUCUCAUAGAUGAGGUGGAGUCUUUAGCUCAUGCACGUGAUCAAUGUAUUUCAGGAAAUGAGCCCUCUGACUCUAUUAGAGUUGUGAAUGCAAUGCUAACACAAAUAGAUCAAAUCAAAACGUUUCCUAAUGUUCUUAUAUUUGCCACAUCCAACAUGACCGAGGCUAUAGAUUUGGCAUUUGUCGAUAGAGCUGAUAUUAAACAGUACCUAGGUCUGCCCAGUGUUCCGGCUAUAUAUCAAAUAUAUCGUUCCUGUUUAGAAGAAUUAAUAAGAGUUCAGAUAGUGAAAAGUAAUUUUAAUCUGGCUAAUACUGAAAUAAUAGCUAAAGGAGAUAACUCUGGGAUUGAACUGGACGAGACUAGUAAAAAACUGCGCAACAUUUGUGAGGAAAGCAUCGGUUUGAGUGGAAGAACUCUGAGGAAGAUCCCAUUUUUGGCUCAUGCUCUUUUUAUUCAUACCGAUUCGGUUGAUUUAGAUUUAUAUCUCGAGGCGAUGAUGCAGGCUGUUGAAAAGGAGCAUUUUAAUAAGAAAUCAUUUAAUACAAAGAAAUAAACAGAAAAAAAAAUAUAUUGAUUAAGCUAAAACUAAUAAAAAGUUGUUCUUUUAAUAAAUUAUUUAUUCA